AUGAGCGCCACGGGAACGACUUCGGAGGGAUCUGUAGCAUCAGAUGAAGGUCGUACGGUAUCACAGCGUCUUCUUGAAUUAUCAAAGGAAAAGCAGAAAUGGAUAUUAAAGCGUGAUGAGCUCUUGGUGCGCAAGGAAAAGCUUCUAAAAGUACUUGAGACUCAAGCUCUGAAUGCUCCAAAAGACGCGAUAAUUGACACGCAGAAGACAAGAAAUGACGGAAAUGCUGAUAAAAUGGAUAGAAGCAAAGUGGUGACGGUAGAUGGUGUAUCAUUGGCGCAAAAGAAGGAGCUAAAGAAGCUGCAGACGCGGGCGGAAGCAGCUAAAGAGAAACAGAAGAAGGCAGCAAAUGUAUUGGCAAGGAAUUUGAAGCAAUUACACGCAAAGCGCAAGAGAGAAGAGAUGGAAAUUGAGAAACAAGCAAGAAGAAAAGGAAUGCAUGGCGAGAGAAAGAAUACAGUCCAAGAGGAUGUUGCUGUAUCUAAAAUGCAUCCUUUUGCCACCGCGCUAGAGCUUGGAUCUCGUUUGGCACAUGAUGCGUUUAUGGAGAUGAUAUCAAGAAAGCAGCUAGAAAAGGCUUUUACGAUGUACACAGGCAAAGUGUUGGACGAAGUCGUGGAUCAGUCAUCGUUUGAACGGUUACUAGCAUCCCAAUAUGCUCAGGAACCAAGGAGAAGUUCUUCAGUCUUGACCUCAAGGAGGCACGAGUUGCGUUUGCUUUUUGUUGUCGACGUCUUUGUCUUACAAUUAUUGCAACUUUCUGUAGGUCGGCUUCAGUCAAUGAUUCAAGUUGAAAAGGAAGUUGUUGCUGGUGUAUGCGAUACACUACAUUUUUUGGAUGUGUCAGAGCUCAAUCGUUUCGAGCUUGUCAAGAUGUUUCGACGAACAGUUUUCUUGGAUCAUUGUUUGACUGGCGGUGCCGCGAUACCUACACUUUCAGCUUUUCUCUGUGCCAGAGUUGGCGUCGAUUGGGCAAAUCCGGCGGCUGGCAAUCCGUCUAGGAUAUUGCAUCGAUCGUAUGGACAAAUGGCUGGUGUUCUUGAAAACAUGGAAAAGUGGCUGCGCGAGCAAAGCGAGCCUACUGAACCUCAAAGCGAUUUGUUGCUAGGGCUGUGUGGUCUUGAUAUGGUUUCUGGACCUCGUGUCUUUUCACCGAAGUAUGCAAGACCGUUUUCUGUCGCAAACGAGUCAAUUUUAAGGCAACUGAGAAGCGCUGGAACGUUGCAUUCAACAACGUCGAAGAAUAUUGACCCCAUGAAAAUAUUAUGUCACUUUGAACUGAAUGGAGCUUGCAACGACCAGAACUGCUCCAACUAUCAUCAGAAAGACUAUGAGCCAGUUAAAGAACUGAUGAGCGACACCUCUAUCUGCAAUGCUGAUGAUAAUGGUACAAAGUUUCAAAAACGAAAUGAGGCCGAUCAGUUGCUGCUGUCAUUUGCAGAAUUUCGUGGUAGAAUGAUGAAAAGGUGGCCUGUGAUAACUACGAAGACACCUUCAGUGGCAACAGUAGAAGGUGCUAGUUGGGAUUCCAUCGUAACAGAUGCGGAUACAGCUGGUGGAGUAGAUACAGCAGUGCCAGUGGAAAAAGAUAUCGUACGUCAUGAAGGACAUCUUGACAAAAGUGGCGACGACUUUCUACCGCUUGAUACUCACGAGAAGCUUCCUGAGAGUGGCAAUGCUCGUUACUUUGAUAAUCUUGACGCCAUUAAAGCACAUGGUGACAUGCUGCAAAGAAAAGUGACGGAACGCCCAAAUGAUACUAACGCAUGGCUCCUUCUCGCUAUUUAUCAGCUUAGACUUGAUGUUGGGAUGAGUGACGAAGCUGUGAACUUGUCGGAUGAGAACCGCCUCCAACAGCAACUUGUUCUUCUAAGUAAAGAGCUCAAUGCAAAGCUGUACGGCGGUGCCUCGCGCGUUCUUAACGUCGAGGAGGCAAAUUUGAAUCGGUGUCUGCAUACGCUUUCAUGCGCUUUAGAAGUUGAAGCCAACGCGUACUGUGAAGCGCUUUGGCUGCUGUAUCUGCAUCUAUGCAGACAUGUGACCAAUAGGCAAACAGAAAUUGAUAUGGCCGAGCAAGCAGUUCAAUUUUUACCGAGCUCCCACGCAUUGUGGCUUCAUUAUAUUUCGACUUACGACUUUGAUUCCGUAAGCAUGGCAGAAGGAAUAUAUUGGCGACUUUUGGAGCAUCUUGCUCGGACAAGCACAGAUGGUAGUGGACUACAUGCCUCGACACCAAGUUCCGCCAAAAAAUUGUCGAUUCUAUUGACGGCAAUAUGCUUUCAUCUUUGCAUGAAGUUGUGGGGUGCUGGGGCAACAAAUAGAGUAAUUGAGCUUCUGUCAGCGCUGCUGCAGUUUGGUGGCACCUCUUUGGGAUUUGAAUGGUGUGCUUGGGUUCGUAGUGAAUUACGCAGCGAAGAGUUGGUAGUGUUUUAUCUGGCUUAUGCUCACAUUUUGCUGUUUAAGGAGCUGCCCGAAGUUAUCGAGCAUUGGGUAGUUGCUAGCAGUAAUGCAAAUAUCCCGGUCAAAGACAUGACCUAUAGUCCCGAAUUAUUCCAGCGUGAAUGGUGUGAUAUUAAUGCAGACAUUUGUGGUCAAGUUUUGGCCGCGUAUGAUUUCGCGUUUCGAACAUUUGAAAAGGAGUGCAAAGAUGACCAAGAUCUCGGAAAUGCAAUACUGAACAACUGGAUGCUGGUGCUCGCAUAUCAAGAUGAUGUACGGAAGGAAGACAAAACUCUGCACGUGUUUAUUGAGGAGAAGAUCGGCAUAAUUGAGCUGUAUCCUGGCGCCUCACUAACAGCUGCAAAGUUAAUGGGGCUAAUGUUGGCUGGUGAGAAGCAAGCCUGUCAACUAAUGCUCAAGAUGAUAAAUUGUGAUUCGGUCACCACGUUUCCAGAAGCGUUUCACCACUACUUGUGCGCGUGUCGCCAGUCUCCACCGCUUGUGGAUGCUUUUAAUAAGAUAUUUCCGGACAUAAUAGAGCGUUUGGCAAAGUUUGUGGACGUUGACAUUGUUAGCGUCCAGAAAUCUAUACAAAACAUUAUGCGUGACACUAGUAACGUAUUAAAGUCGCGUGUUUUGAAGGCGUUAUUGGAUACUUUAUUGGCUGCAUGGAUCGAACAGCUUGCUUCGCUUCGACAAUUCAAUCGCGAUCAGUCCAUGAACAAGCAAACUAAAUCGCUUGCAAAUGUAUUUGUAGCGCUGGAUAUCUGCCUUUUGAUGAACAUUUUACUGGAAUCGUCCGUUGCUAUUGAAGGCAUCCAAACAGUUCUGAGCUCAUUAAGCUUUGGUGCUUUAUCCUAUGAAGCACGGCAGCUUGUAUGGAUGCAACGCUUUGUAUUCCAGGUGGAUCUACUACAGCAGGGCGAAUCGGACGGCCUGUCACGCAGAGAACAUCAGACGAUAUUGACUCGUUUGUUUCGCAAGUAUAUGGCUGAAAUGAGUGUGGGAGCUGAAAUGGCACGCCAAGUUCUCAAGCAUGUUAGGUACGACAUUGCCAGAGGUGCUGUUGAUCAUGCUGUGUGCGCUUGUCUGUAUCCAGAGCGAAGCCACCUGAUCACGUAUAGUGUAAAUCUGGAAAUUUUUCAGCUGAGCUCUAAUGCAGUAGCACGGUCAGAGUUGGCUGCUUUUUAUGCAGCAUUCACAGAUUCAUUCACACUCUCACCAGAGUUUUCGCUUGCCUUUUCGGGUAUUGCUUUACAUGAAUGGGAACUGUUGGCAGCGCGAGCAAGCUUACGAAAAUGUCUUGUUGGGGCAAAGACAAAGCAUACUCAGAUACUACAAGCCUUGGUUGCUGUUGAGAUACGAUUGCGAAAUAUGAAGGCAGUGUCUUGUCUUCUUGAAAGUGAAAUUGAAGCGGAUCCGCUGCUGCUGGAGCCUUGGCGUCUUAUUAUAGGCCUGGAAAUUUUAUUUGGAGAAACGUCGGAUGCAAGAUCAAAGAGUAUCUCGGAAGAAAUAGAGAAGCGACAACUUGUGUUUGCAUGCAACACAUUUGGCGAUGAUAAAAUAUUGGACCAGAAGAACAUAUCGUGGAUUGGAGAUAUAGGAGCUACGUCUUUGCGUCUACGAGGCCUUGGCUUGAAGCGCAUUCCCAACGCAGUCUUACUAAAGUACGAGCUGGUGUCAUUGAAUGUUAGUGGAAACGAGUGUAUCGAGCUUCCCAUCGGCUUGCGUCAGCUGAAAAAUCUUCAAAAACUCGACGUGUCAGAAAAUGCGCUACUUGAGUUUCCUACUGGUGUCGUCCACGGUCUAGCUCAGCUAAAGGAGCUGAAGUUAGCGCACAACAAUAUGACAUCGUUUCCAGUGGUGCCACAUCUCGAUUUCUUAGAUAUUAGCUGGAACGCAAUUUCACACUUUCCAGCAUCAGCCUUGUUUCAGUGGACAGGUACGCUACGAGCUGAGGAGAAUGCAAUUCCAGUGGACAAGCAAUUGCCAACUCGGAUUAAUCAUUUGUCAAAUCAAAAGAAUGUUGCCUCUCAUCCCUUGACGAUAGAAGACAGCUUAGAUGCACAUGCUGAAGAAAAAAGUGACCACAGCUUAGUGAUCCAAACGCCAAGCGCUAGCCUAUCUGAGAGCACGAACAUUCAAAGGGUGGAGUCGCCAAUAUCUGCCAAUGCCGAGAUUUCUUCUGGUAAUUUGAAUACAGGACAUAUCAUUACGGCACAGGAAGAUGACGGCGAUCAAGUCAUGGAGCAAAAGAAAGCUGACGCUGCUUGCAAGUCAAAAGGUCAUGGGCAAAAUUUGAUGGCGGGUACAGAGCUGAUAGAUCAUUCAAAAGAAGACGAGGAAGAUCAAGCAACGAUGCUAGAGAACGCAGACACUGUACCAGCGUCGAAAGAGACGAACAGUAAUCGAAUCGUUAACGAGAGCACAGAUGAUUCAUCGACGAAUCAAUCAAUCAUGUCAAGUAAAGCUAAUGAGCAGGCGAAAGAGGUAAUUGAAGUAGAUAGUUUGGAAUUAUCGGAAGACAAUGGUGAGGACAUGACGACUUUAGCAAGACAGGCUGGAACUAUUAUCAGCAGCAAUACUGAUAGUUUGGUGAACACUCCGAACAAUGUGAUCGAUUUGUCUGAUUUGACUGUCAAUAAGCCAACCAUGGCCAGUAUUGCUGAAUGUCGAGACGUCACUACAGCUGCAAAUAGUCGACACCAGUCCAGCCACGAAGGGGCAGUUGUUGCGCGAAACAAACUCACUAAGUACAUGGAGGAGUACCAUCUUGAUAGCCGUGCCGCAGUUCGAGAACGUAACCCAACAUUAUGGCGAGAGUUUUUGGCUGCCAAUCUUCCGGCAAAUCUGGAGCUGCCAGCAUGCAGAUUGUGCUUUGCGCCAAACGAUGGUAACAACCAACGCUUAAACUCCAUUGUACUCUGUAUACACUGCCUGGACGAAGCUCUUCUCGUACUGAAGAAAUCAAGUGAACAAGUGGCACUGGCACAAGAGGGCGUCUAA